CUUACAUAAUGCGAUGCUUUCAACCUACGCGUCACGCAUCCUAAUCCUUCGCCAAAGCGCGUCACCAGCCUCAAUCGUCAACACUCACUCCACAGCCGCAAUGCAAUCAUGGGCGCCGAAACAGGGUGCAACCGCGACAUUAUCAUUUCCAUCCACCCGCAACACGUCGCCAACAUCGUCAGCCGGGCCAAGAACCACGAGUUCCGCAACUAUCUGCUCCCGGCCGACGUGACGCGGUUUCUGAUCUACGAGACGAGCCCCACGUCGGCCAUCAAGUACAUCGCCACCAUCAGCCGCGGCAAGCGGCCGGGCGACAUCCGCGACCCCUCGGGGCUGCGCAACGACGAGUUCGACGGCGGCCUCCUGGAGCAGCGCGGCGUCAGGUACGCCUACGAGAUCCGCCGGCUCGACGCCCUCGCCACCCCAAUCACUCUCGCCGACCUGAAGCGCAACGGCUGGCUCGGCGGCCCGCCGCAGAAAUACUGCUUCGUGAACCAGCCCAUGCGCGACGCGCUGAGCGCCGCGUCCCUGAGCCUGGUGUUCGAUCGCACAGCCGUCGCGGCCGCAGCUGUCGCGUCGCCAGAUGGCGGGGCAGGAGGCGAUUUGGGCGCGCCUCCCGACGCGAAGCAGAAACCUAGCCAGCCACCGACAAGCCGCCGCCGGCGAAAGGGUGCGUCAACUCCGGGCGUCGCGGGAUUUGACGUGAAGUUGCUAGGCGCGCCUGCACUGACGGCUUGCCAAGACCCUGCGGUUGCUCGACGGCCGACAAGCAGUCCCGCGGGCGGAGUAACAAAGCGGAGGAAGCCGCCCCCACCAACAGCAAAGCCAAUAGCAAGUCGAGCGAAGCAAGGAUUGCUGCAGAGCUGGUUGGAGGACUCUGCAAGCCAGUAAUUAACACUGCGCAAUCCCAAUGGGGUGUGUCUGUCUGUGUGUCUGUGUCUGUGUGUCUGUGUGUCUGUGUGUCUGUGUGUCUGUGUGUCU